ACUUCCUAGUUCCACUAAAAGCCAAGUGGGUUGUGCUUAACUACACAGUCAGCCUUCAAAAUCACACAAGUCGCCACCAGAGAUUGUUUUCCACUCAUUUUAAACACAAUCCAGGACGUGGGGGGGAAAAAACCAAAACUAUUUUUAACAUGGACGGUACCGAUUCCAAAGUCGAUCUUGGUUCGAUCCCUCUGGUGGCGCUUAAUGUGACCGUAAGGAAAAGGUUGGGACUUUAUCUGAACCCCAAACACACGGUGGCUGCAGACUGGACGGCUGUUGCGGAGAUCAUGGGCUUCUCUUACCUGGAGAUAAAGAACUACGAGGCUUCCAGGAACCCCACCAAGACCAUCCUAGACGACUGGGCGGCUCGGAACUCGGAAAGUUCGGUCGGGAAGUUGGUCUCUAUUCUGGAGGAGGUGGAGAGGAAAGACAUCGUGGAAGAUCUCCAGACUUUGAUAGACGAGGAUGUCAGGAAAUACCUUGAGACCCAAAAGAAGAAAGCAGAGCCACCAGUCCAAGUUCCCGAGGUCGACAGCUGUGUCCCUCGCACACCAGAGAGGUCUGGAAUCACUGUGGACGACAUCCCAGGAGGUAUCCCAGAGAUGUUUGAUGCCUUCAUCUGCUACUGCCAGAGUGACUUUGCGUUUGUCCUUGAGAUGAUCCGGGAGUUGGAGCAGACGGAGUACAACUUGAAACUGUGUGUGUUCGACAGAAAUGUGCUCCCAGGCUCGUGUGUGUGGACCAUCACCAGUGAGCUGAUUGAAAAAAGGUGUAAGAGGAUGGUGGUGGUGAUUUCUGAUGAAUAUCUGGACAGCGAUGCCUGUGAUUUUCAGACCAAGUUCGCUCUCAGCCUCUGCCCUGGGGCUCGAAGUAAACGUCUCAUUCCGGUGGUCUACAAGUCGAUGACAAAACCGUUUCCCAGCAUCCUUCGUUUCUUGACAGUAUGUGACUACACUCGGCCCUGCACCCAGGCUUGGUUCUGGAUUCGGCUCGCCAAAGCGCUUUCAUUGCCCUAACCGCAGAGCAAGGAUUGGAUUUGUAUCUGUGGGUGCCGUUUCUUACUGCAUUGUCCAGUUUUAUGUUGGACAAUGAUCAGAUGUUGCAGAUUCAAAUGCAUUGUUUCCACAUAUAUUGGCAUGUUUGCGGAAGAUGUGUGAAAAUCCUUAAAAUAUGAUCGCACGCUGAAAAUUUUAGAAACAUCAGAUCUUCACCUCUUAUAUGUUUGAUUGGUGAGGAAAAAGGCUGGAGGAAAUGGACAGGUUUUUUUUGGGCGGGGGGUGUUUACCAUUCCUCUGUCCUAUUUCCAAGACAGUGUCAUCUCUUGGUAUUUGUCUCUGUUUCAGUAUUAAUUUGUUUUGAAUACAUUAUCCGCUUGAAGGGCAAAACAAACAUUCAAAAUACCACGUGUGCUAUAAUAAGAUAUAUCUCUGUAAAUAAGGGUAAAUUUUUUUUUUUCAUUGUGAGAUUGAAAAAAAAUCUCACACUGAGAUUUUUUUGCUACUGCAAAAAAUUAAAUACAAAAUAAAUCAAAUAAAUAUUUUAAGGCUUUUUAUACAUAUUUACUAGGGAUGCCAAUAGAUUUUGUUGCCACUAUUGUCCUGGCACUGGAACACACUGAGGGUUUUAGCACAUUUUAAUUUACUUUCCCUUACAUUUCCAUCAUCAUUCAUUUCAUCUGGCACAACAUUGAAGUUCUCAAGAUGUUACUAAAGUAUAAAGUACUAAAGAAUGAAAGUUACAUUGCAGGACAUCUUAGUUAAGUGUGGGACAUCUUUUCAGAUGCAGUGCAGGAUGUGCUACGUUUUCCAUAAAAGGUUUUUUUAAGUGUCUUAUUUACUUCCUCUUUUGAGUCAACAUUAAGACAAGAUUGGAGCUGUGAAAUUGUGACUGUAACCAUUGCAUAAGCUUAGCAGAUCUUUGCCUCGUGCUUUUUAUGUUUCAGAUUUAUGUCUACAAUGAAUUUUUAGAACUAUUUAAUUAAAAAUGAGUGUGUAUUUUACCUGCAUUAAUGUUUUAAAAAAAUAUUGUUUGAAAUAAUUAUGAAUAAAACUGCCUCUUUGCUCUA